ACACUCCACCGUGAAACUGUAAACAUUGUUGGUAAUUUCAAACGUGUUAAAACAAAAAUAAACAUCUGAGGAGAGAGAAAGUCUUUUGAGCUGGAAGGAACUUGAACAACAUCAACAAUGGCGAAAUCCAGCGCCGACGAUGGUGAGCUACGCCGAGCAUGUGAAUCCGCCAUUGAAGGCACCAAGCAGAAGGUCAUCAUGUCGAUCCGUGUCGCUAAGAGUCGUGGUGUUUGGGGCAAAUCCGGCAAAUUAGGCCGUCAAAUGGCCAAACCUAGGGUUCUUGCCAUUUCCAUAAAACAGAAGGGCCAGCGGACGAAAGCUUUCCUGCGUGUCUUAAAAUAUUCUAAUGGGGGUAUUCUUGAGCCAGCAAAAAUAUACAAGUUAAAACACCUUUCAAAGGUGGAGGUUAACUCGAAUGAUCCCAGUGGAUGUACUUUUACUUUGGGGUUUGACAACCUGAGGAACCAAACAGUUGCUCCUCCACAGUGGACCAUGCGGAAUACCGAUGAUAGGAAUCGUCUUUUACUUUGUAUAUUAAAUGUCUGCAAGGACAUGCUUGGUCGUCUUCCAAAAGUUGUUGGAAUAGAUGUUGUUGAAAUGGCUCUUUGGGCAAAGGAAAACACUACCACCUCCACCACGUCCAAUCAGGUGAAUUCUGAAGACGGGCCUGUUCCUACUACAAUGGCUGAAAAGGACUUGAAGGUUACUGUGGAGAAGGAUCUUGUAUCCCAGGCAGAAGAAGAGGAUAUGGAAGCUCUUCUCGGCACCUAUGUCAUGGGUAUUGGAGAAGCAGAAGCUUUUUCCGAAAGGUUGAAGCGGGAACUUCAGGCUUUGGAAGCAGCAAAUGUUCAUGCUAUAUUGGAAACAGAACCCUUGGUGGAACAGGUACUAAGGGGGCUUGAUAAUGCCUUGAACUGUGUGGACGAUAUGGAUGAGUGGCUGGGGAUAUUCAAUGUGAAAUUGAGACACAUGAGAGAAGACAUCGAGUCGAUAGAAACCCGCAAUAACAAGUUGGAGAUGCAAUCUGUAAACAACAAAUCGUUGAUUGAGGAACUUGACAAGCUUCUUGAGCGAUUACGUGUUCCCUCUGAGUAUGCAACUUGUCUUGCAGGAGGUUCCUUUGAUGAAUCAAACAUGAUUAAAAACAUAGAAGCAUGUGAGUGGCUUAGUGGUGCUCUACGUGGCUUGGAAGUCCCAAAUCUGGAUACCACUUUUGGAAACAUGCGAGCAGUUAGAGAGAAAAAAGCAGAAGUUGAAAAGCUCAAAAGUACAUUUGUUCGUAGAGCAUCUGAGUUUUUGAGGAACUACUUUGCAAGCUUGGUGGACUUCAUGAUAAGCGACAAGAGUUAUUUUUCGCAGCGUGGACAGUUAAAACGACCAGAUCAUGCUGAUCUUCGGUACAAAUGCAGGACAUAUGCUCGCCUUCUGCAACAUUUGAAGAGCCUUGAUAAGAAUUGCCUCGGUCCGUUGAGGAAAGCCUACUGUAGCUCUCUGAAUUUGCUUCUACGUAGAGAGGCUCGUGAGUUUGCAAAUGAGCUUCGAGCCAGCACUAAAGCUUCAAGAAAUCCAACUGUUUGGUUGGAUGCUUCUGCUGGUGCUGGUCAAACUGUGAGCAAUGCAGACACUUCAGCAGUUUCUGAUGCUUACGCCAAAAUGCUAACUAUAUUUGUUCCGCUCCUUGUUGACGAGAGUUCCUUUUUUGCUCACUUCAUGUGCUUUGAAGUUCCUGCUCUCAAUCCACCGGGAAGUGUUCCCAAUGGUAACAAAUCUGCAUCAACUGUGGAUGAUGCCGAUGAUGAUGAUGAUCUUGGGAUUAUGGAUAUUGAUGAUAAUGAUGGGAAAACAGGUAAAAAUUCUGUUGAGUUGGCAGCAUUAAAUGAAUGUCUUCAAGAGUUGCUUGACGGGAUUCAGGAAGACUUCUAUGCUGUUGUGGAUUGGGCCUACAAGAUUGACCCCUUGCGAUGCAUAUCAAUGCAUGGGAUUACAGAACGCUAUCUUUCCGGACAGAAAGCUGAUGCAGCUGGAUUUGUGCGUCUCUUGCUUGGUGAUCUUGAAUCUAGGAUCUCUAUGCAGUUUAGCAGAUUUGUUGAUGAAGCUUGUCACCAGAUUGAGAGAAAUGAGAGAAACGUCCGACAGAUGGGUGUCCUGUCAUACAUCCCAAGAUUCGCUACACUUGCAACCCGUAUGGAGCAGUAUAUUCAGGGACAAUCCAGGGAUUUAGUUGACCAGGCAUACACAAAAUUUGUUAGCAUUAUGUUUGUGACUUUGGAGAAAAUUGCCCAGACAGACCCAAAAUAUGCGGAUGUUUUUCUUUUGGAGAACUAUGCUGCAUUCCAGAAUAGUUUAUAUGAUCUUGCAAAUGUUGUGCCAACUCUGGCAAAGUUCUACCAUCAGGCAAGCGAAGCAUAUGAGCAAGCAUGCACACGCCAUAUAAGCAUGAUCAUAUAUUACCAAUUUGAACGACUUUUCCAAUUCGCUAGAAGGAUUGAGGACCUCAUGUUCACCAUAACCCCAGAAGAAAUUCCGUUCCAGCUUGGUUUGUCAAAAAUGGAUCUCCGGAAAGUGUUGAAAUCUAGCUUGUCUGGGGUUGACAAAUCCAUCCAAGCAAUGUCCAAAAAAUUGCAGAAAAACUUGACAUCAGAGGAGUUAUUACCCUCAUUGUGGGAUAAAUGCAAGAAAGAGUUUCUGGACAAGUAUGAGAGCUUUGCACAACUUGUUGCCAAGGUUUACCCCAGUGAGAACAUCCCCUCUGUAGCUGAAAUGAGAGAUCUUUUGGCAUCCUUGUAAGAGAAUCUUUGUUUUUUUUUUGUUAAGAGUAAGAGAAUCUUUGUAUAGAAACAAAUAAAUCUGCUUAGUAUUUUUGUGUUAUGUAGUAAAUAGCUGCUGCCGUAAAAUGAUUUGUCGUAGUGUUAUUCUUUGUAGUUUGUGAAAUAUUUCUGAGGGGACUGACAGAGAAAUAAGAUUUGCGAUUUAUUAUAGCUUUUUUAAAAGAUA